AUGAAGUCCCCAAUACCACCAUAUUUACUCCUCGCCAUCCACGUAUCCACAACCCUCUCCCUCUCCCCCCAACACCCCAUUCUCGAAAUCGCAACCCUAAGCCCAAGCCCCUCAACAACCACUCUCCUAGAGCUACACGAAAACCUCAUCGAGCACCAAUCAAUGACCGGCAACGAAGACACCGUCACCCAAUACCUAACCCAAUACCUCCGUAGCCAAAAUUUUACCGUCGAGCUCCAAGAUGUGGGGCCACAAGCCAGCUCUGAGAGUCCGAGGGAGAAUAUCCUCGCGUAUGUAGGUACGCAGAGGAAGACGAGGGUCCUGGUUUCGUCGCAUAUUGAUACAGUGCCCCCCUUCUGGCCGUACGAGAGGAUUGGGGACGAGAUUUGGGGACGGGGGAGUGUGGAUGCGAAGGGGAGUGUGGCGGCGCAGGUUGUUGCUGUGGAGGAGUUGUUGGCUGCUAACACGAUCAAAGAAGGAGAUGUGGCAUUGCUAUUCGUGGUUGGGGAGGAGGUUGGCGGCGAUGGGAUGAGGAAGGCGAAUGAGCUUGGUUUGAGCUGGGAGACGGCUAUCUUUGGGGAGCCGACGGAGUUGAAGCUUGCUAGUGGGCAUAAGGGGAUCAUGGGCUUGCAGGUUAAGGCGAAAGGCAAGGCGGGCCAUUCGGGAUACCCUGAGCUUGGCAAGAGUGCUAAUCAGAUGUUGGUUGAGGCUUUGCAUGCGUUGCUGCAUGUGGAGUUGCCGUAUAAUGAGAAGUAUGGUAAUACGACGCUGAAUGUUGGGCGGAUGGAGGGUGGGGUUGCGGCGAAUGUUAUUGCGGAGGAUGCGAGUGCUACUAUUGCUAUUAGAAUUGCGGAUGGGGAACCGGGCGUGAUUAGGAAGAUUGUCACGGAGGCGGUGGAGAGUAUAGAUGAGGAUUUGGAAGUCAUCGUUACUGGUUCGGGUUACGGACCGGUCUAUAUUGAUAGUGAUGUGCCAGGUAAGUCAAACCCUAAUCCCUAAUAAUAAAUCUUUCUUGUUUAUAGCUUCGCAUCCUAACCAUUUCUAGGAUUCGAAAGCAUGGUCGUCAACUACGGGACAGAUAUUCCAAACUUGAAAGGAGAUCAUAAGAGAUAUCUCUACGGACCCGGAACUAUCCUGAUGGCUCAUAGUGAUCAUGAGCAUCUGAAGGUCUCGGAUUUGGAGGAGGCUGUGGAGGGAUAUAAGAGGUUGAUUGAACAUGCUUUGAAGUAGAAUAAUUAUACCCCAAUUCUAUAGUCUUUUGGUUUUCGAUGAAUGGGUUCUUGGUGAUUGCGGUUGGUGUUGAAUAGAUCUUUUUCUAGAACGUAGCGUAAGGGGCUUUGGGAGGGUUCGUUGGGUUUUUGAGGUUGUUUUUUUGCUAUUCAAUGGUUUCAUCUUUGUGAUAUCAGGUUAAUAAGGAUGUCGUGCGAAAUGUUUACUUGCAAUACAGUCCCCACCAGUCCCUGUAUGAGAGACAUGGUCAUUGCUCUAUAAGAU